CCUGUCGUCUGCGAAAUUAUUUCUUGAUCAUAAUGGAGCAAGAACAUUUAAAAAUAUUUUACCGAACAACUGUGAUGUGGAAUCCACCAGUCUAACUCUUCAUAUCAAAAAACUGGAAAAGGCAUUCCAUUCGACAGUUAAUGAGUGCAGGCGUCGGCAUGUUUUUUCCCGCCAGAUGGAAUAUGCAGAAGAUCGCCCGUUGCUAACAUUAUUCACAACAUGGAACCGUCACCAGAAAAGUUUUUCGUUCACAAUUGUACACUUAGAAACUGGAGUUCUUUCAUACCAAAGGUAAAUUUAGUUCUGUUCACAAAUAAUUCAGAUUUAAAAAAAGAGGCUCUACAAUACGGGUGGUCAGUGCUUCCGAUUAUUCACCACAUUGAAGGGGUUCCAGUGUUAAAGAAUAUGUUUAAAACUGUCAUCUCAACCUUUAAUUCUACGUAUUAUGGCUUUAGUAAUAGUGAUAUUUUAUUUAUUGAUGACCUUUUAGAUUCUUUAAAUACUGUAAAUCGGGCAUACAGAGACCACAAUGUGUUUUUGACAGGCAGAAGAACUAACAUCCCACAUUUAUCUUUAAAAGAAGUGGUUUCUUAUGACAAUAUUCGGAAGGCGGCAUCAGAGAGAGGAAAACUUUUUAUCGUUGCAUCUGAAGACUAUUUCAUAACAACCUCCAGGUUUCCUUGGAAUACAAUUCCAGAAUUUGUUAUUGGCAGACCUGCCUAUGAUAAUUGGCUAGUUGGUUUUGCGCGUUGUCAUUUUUAUACUGUCAUUGACAUUACUAGUACCGUCCUUGCUUGCCAUCAGACAACAAAAGCGGGAAAUAAAGAAGGAUCAAAACACAAGACAUUGACAUCUUAUAAUCAUGAAUUGCUUGUCAAGCUUGGUCUGAGCACGAAUUAUGGUGCAGGUUUUGUAAUCUGUCCUGAAAAGAAGACAUACUAUAAUUUAUGUGGAGAUAUAGAAGUAAUGGAUAGACCCAUCACGUCUUUUCCAAAAUAUUGUUCAUGCAAGACGUGGUGAUGAAAGUUAUUUAUUUUAGGAAAGAUAACUCUAAUUCAAGUAAUUGUAUUAUGAAAUUAAAGUUUCUGCUGACCGUC